UUUAGGAUAUUUUGUACCGGUUUAAUAAACAUCAUCACUAGACAAAUAUUAUUGACUUGAAUCUUGCUUUUUUUUUUUGUGCAACUGACUUGAAUCUUGCUUGAAGUCUAAUUAUCGUAGCCUUGAGACAAAUUGGUUGGCCUUUGGUUGUUUAGAGUCAGUUUUCAGACAAUUUUAGAUAAUGUUUUUUCAAUACACAUUUACGUAUAGACGUGUACACGUAUAUAUAUGUAAGAGAAAUAUUUUAAAAGAAAGGAACAAAUAAUGAUAGAUGGAGUGGAGUAGUGGUAGAGAUAGAUGAAGGGCGAGCCGUAGAUUCCGUGAGGGACAGGCUUGCAUUGCACUUACCAUUACUCCUUCCCUUCCUUCAUUUAUUUUUUCUUUAAUAAUAUAUAUACAGUUUUAGAACAAAUUUAGAAUGCGUUUGAUUUGAUUUAGAACUAGAUUGUAGAUUAAAACUUGAUAGGAUUUGUCAGAAAAAUAAAUCAACAAUUACAAUGUAAGAUACAAACUACAUAUUCUCUAAGAUAAUUUUUAAAAUAGUGAAGUUUUAUCAUUGAAAUUUACAAAAACAAUCAUGUCUAAAUAUUAAAACUAAAUAUAUAAUGUUAAAUCAUAUAAUUAGAUAUACUUUUGUGAUAUUCUAUCUUGUAAUGACUAUUUUGAAGUGAUGCCUAAAAUUUGUUAACGUACAUAUCAAAGUGAAAACUAAUUUUAACAACAACAAAAAAAACUACUAAACUAUUUGAUAUGUGUUCAUACCCAAAAUAAAUAGGUACACAGAGUAACAACACGGAUAAUGAAGUGGAAUAAACAAAUAAUACUAUAGAUAUUGUCUAAAUUGGCACGUUUUGUUGCAAAUUAUUACACACACUCUUUCUCUCUCUUUAUCUCAUUGUCUUGUGAUUAGUUUGCCAAGUUGGGUAAAUACUAGAAGAGAGAGACAAUAACAGAAUUACUAAAAUUUUAGAGGCUACAAAAAGACAAGUCCAAACAUAUUCACACACUUGCAAAGUUUUUUCUUAUAUAUGUCUGGUGUCUCUCUUUGACUUGUCUCUUCCUAUAUCACUCACUAUUUAUGUAUCCAUCUCUCCACACAUCUCUCUCCAUCCCACACACAUCUUCCUCUUAACACAUUACUAUAUAUGCAUAUAUCUCAUUCUUAAACUUCUUCAUAAUCAACAUCAACACAAAUCCUCUUCUCCUUUAGUGAUCUUCAUCUCUUGAUGGAAGCGUUUGUAGAGGCCAUAGCGGCUUCAAAGGAGCAAUCAUUAAUCUUUAAAGGGAAGCGUACAAAGCGACAACGUCCACAGUCUCCCAUUCCUUUCUCUAUCGCCCCUCCUAUAGUUUCUUCCCAUGCACGUGACAUUCUAGAAGAAUCCAAAAAGGAUGGUGUGAUCACGUCUUCAUCUUCAUCAGCCUCUUGGUUCUCUAACAACAACGCAACUUUGAAGGCUGAAGAAGACGAGGAAGAGCAAGACAUAGCCAACUGUUUGAUCCUCUUGUCUCAAGGUCACUCUCUUCCCAUACCUAACCACGAAGCAAACAACAAUAACACGUUUAGAUUUAGCAGCAGGAGGUUUCUAGAGACUUCUUCAUCUAACGGUGGUGGCAAAGCCGGUUACUACGUUUAUCAAUGCAAAACUUGUGACCGGACCUUCCCUUCUUUCCAGGCUUUAGGCGGCCAUAGAGCUAGCCACAAGAAACCUAAAGCCACGUUAUCCUUAUAUUCCAACAUUGACGUUAAGAAGAAUAUCUACGAAAGUGACGCCGUUUCACUCGUCACAACCUCAACUAUUUACAAGAACAAUAACAAUAGAUCGCUUGCCGUGUAUGGUAAGGCUGGUAGCAAUAAGGUUCAUGAAUGUGGAGUCUGUGGAGCCGAGUUUACGUCCGGGCAAGCCUUAGGUGGCCACAUGAGACGGCAUAGAGGCGCAGUGGUUAUUGCUGCGGCGCCGGUUACCACCGUGACGGUGGCCACGGCUGCUGCCAACACGGAGUUAUCAUUGUCUUCUAUGUCGUUCGAUCAAAUAUCCGACGGUCAAGAUCAUUUGGUGAUGCCAGCUACAAAGAGAGCUAAGAAGACGGUCGUGUCAUUGGAUUUGGAUCUGAAUCUACCCGCAUCCGAAGAUGAGAAUCGGGUCAACGGGUUUACCUUUGCUUUGAAGCAAAAACAGGAACAAGAACAUCAACCAACGAUGCAAAGAGAAGAACCAAAGUGUCUUCUCAUGUCUGCUCCUACUUUGGUGGAUUGCCGUUACUGAUAAACAUCAUAACCUAAAAAAAACAGAAAAUCAUUUUAAUAUAUUUUCUUCUUUUUUAUUUACUGGGAAAGUGGUAAUUCAUUGUUUGUAUAUCAAAUGUUUUUUUUUGUAUGUAACCGAUUCUUUGCUUGUUAAAGACUUGCGAGAUUCUUUUUUU